AACGCCGCGGCCGUCGCCGAGCAUUGCACUAACACCAUCUGGAUCGAAGCCGGCCAAGCACGAAGGUCGYCUGUGGGUCGCACGGCGGCGGUGGCGGCGGCUCGGCUUCGCUAGCAAACCGACACCGUACCGAGCGAGCGCGCCGCCGCCGCCGAUCGCAGUAGCAGUGCUCCGGUCGUCCAGACUUCCCGACAUACACGCGCGCAUGCUCUCCCAAUCGGCCACCGCCACCAUCGUCUGGUGCGAAUGAUAAUAACAAUAACAACAAUAAUAAUAAUACAAAUAAUUACAACAAUAACAACUCACACAUACAUGAUACGCGACGCGCAGAGAGCAUAAUAUUGUUUAACGCUCUCGUCAGUUUUUUUGUCCAGAGCUCAUCGGCAGUAAUAUCAAAUAGACUAUUUACCUGCUGAAAGUUCGUCAGGCAUAAUUAUAAUAUAUCGCACUCAAAACAUUUCUUGUAAAAUAUUUUAAGCCAGUCCGACGGUUUGUCRCGAGUGCAUAAGUUUAUUCUGAUCGCCGUGUGACGUCCAAACGGUAAACGGAUAAAUAAAUCUUAUAGUAACAGCUUCUGCGGCACACGAACAAGGGCGAUGUACGCGCGUUGUUAGUCCAAGGGAGAACUUUGGCAUCRGAAGUGRUCAMGAGCUACAUCAGCGAGAAGCGGAACAGCAUCAGUAUCAGCCACAACUCCGUAAUCACGAUGACAACAGUUGUUGUGAAUGCGUGAGAGACAACCGGACGACGAAGUGCACAGUGAGCCGACGUGCACGACGACGGUGCAGUAGCCGCGCAGAAUUGUUGUUGUACUGACGCGGGCGUAGACGCCACUAAAAUGGCCGCGUUCAACGGCCGGACCGGGACGGCGGCCGACGACAAGGAAGCGACAGACGCGAUGCUCACCACUACCGUGAUCGGCGGCGUCACGACAGUCACCGACGACGACGAUGAUGACGAUGACCGCGACUUGCAAUGCGGCAUCGGGCCUUGCCGGUCCAAGUGGAUGCAGGUGUUCGCGUCCAAGCAAGUAUUCUUGGCCACGUUCUGCUUCAGCUGGGUGCUGCAAGGCAUGUUCUCCACGUACUUCGUUAGUGUGAUCACCACACUGGAGAAACUGUUUCAGCUGCAGAGCAAGACCAUGGGACUGGUACUKAGCGCCACUGAAAUCGGACAGAUCGGAUCGUCGUUGUUGCUCACGUACUACGGUGGCCAGGGACAUCGGCCCAGGUGGAUAGCUUCCAGCAUGGUACUAUUCGGUGUGGCUGCCUUCGCGUGCUCGUCGCCGCACUUCUUGUUUGGCCAUCACCAGUAUUCGCCGUCCGCGUCAGGGUCGACGAUGGGCGGCGGCGUGGCCGGGUCCACUGGAAACUCAACCACCGACUAUUACCCACCCAACGUGUGCGUGGCCCCCGACCUCACCAUUGGUGACAAUGGUAGUCCUCGGCCACCGGUCCAGCAACACGACAUGUGCGAACAGAACGAACUAUCCGAACAGCUAGAACAGUCCAGGAACACGCAAAUCGUGCUGAUCAUAUUUUUCACCAGUCUGCUGGGCGUGGGCAUAGCCCAGACUGCCGUCUACACGCUUGGCAUACCUUUCAUCGACGAUAACGUGGCCAGCCGCGAGUCGCCACUCUACUUUUCCAUCACGAUUGGAGUCCGCAUACUCGGACCAUCUUUUGGAUUCCUGUUGGGCGCCUUGUGCACCAGCCUAUACGCUGACCUUAGCAACGAGCCCAAUAUGGACACCAACAACCCACGGUGGGUGGGCGCCUGGUGGUUGGGCUUGGUCGGCAUUUCGGCAACGCUGCUGUUGGCCUCUGUACCGAUGUUCGCGUUCCCCAAACGGUUGCCCAGUCCGCCGUCAUCCAGCAAUACCAACGUGAAAAAGCAGUACCCAUCCAAGCGGCCCGUCAACGGGUGUGCCAAUGCGUCGCCGUCUUCGCCACCACCACCCCCCUACGACGGUAUGUCGGCCGUUCCCAAGGCGCCUAAGCUCAAAGAUUUUCCGACCGCAGUCAAGAGACUUCUGAAAAAUGACAUGCUCAUGUACAGGACCGCAAGCAGUGUUUUUCACCUGUUGCCGCUGGCUGGCAUUUACACGUUCCUGCCCAAGUAUUUCGAAUCGCAGUUUCACUUUCCCACGCACACCGCCAACAUGGUCACAGGAAUUUACGGAAUUAUGGUCAUGGGCAUUGGAAUCAUAAUAUCCGGAAUAUUCAUACUGAAGAAAAAUCCCAAUGCUAGAGCAGUGGCUGCUUGGAUCGCAUUUACUGCACUGGCAUACGCCAUCGGUAUGUGUAUUUUAAUGUUUUUCGGAUGUCCAACCACGAAUAUCACAGGAUUGCGAUACGACGAACUGAAUCAGCCCAAAUUYGAGUCUCCAUGCUCGGAUCGAUGCGUGUGUGACGAGGAGAUGUUCAGUCCGAUUUGUGGCGUGGACGGGAUAACGUACUUCUCGGCGUGCCACGCAGGAUGCCAAAAUCAGACGUUCGGAAAAGAGUACAGCGCCGGCUACAAAUUCACAGACUGCCAGUGCAUGAACAGCAACGCCACGGAGGCAUAUCCGGGCGCGUGCAAAGAUGAUUGCGAGGACUCGGGCUUUUGGUACAUAGCUCUGUUCUCUUUGUUUGUAUUCAUCCAUUCCACGUCAGAGGUUGGCAGCAUGUUGCUCAUACUUCGGUGUGUACAUCCUCAAGACAAGGCGAUGGCACUKGGGCUCAUACAAUUCGCUAUAGGCCUAUUCGGUAACGUUCCUUGUCCCAUAUUGUACGGAGCGGUCGUCGACUCUGCGUGUCUCAUAUGGGAAAUGACGUGCGGAAAACAAGGAGCGUGCUCUCUGUACAACUCGGACUCGUUCCGUAUCUUCUACCAUGGUGUUACUGGACURCUGAUGAUGUGCGCCUUUUUCGUUGAUAUAAUUGUCUGGUAUAAGGCAGGAAGUAUAAACUUUGAAGACGACCAUCAACUACCUAUUAACGAGGAAGAACUGAGUCAACUGACACCUAUCACUGACAAAACUGAGACGACUGUUUGACUAAAGUAGAUCGUACUAAAGAACAUCAACAUUAAAACGAUAUGUCAUGUUCCUUAUUCAUAACCUCGGAGAGAUCUGUUGAAUUUUUAUUGAAUUUUUUAUGGAUUGAAUUUUAUAACUAAUUUAAAUAUAUUACGUAUGGGAUACAUUUUUCAAUAAUUUAGCGCGUUAUAUUUAAACGUUUCACGUACGUCAAAACAUGACAAAUAUAUAAUUCUAUAAUCACCACACGGUGCUUUUAAUAUUUAUUUAUGUGUAAAAAGUAGCAUCAUUUACAGUUUAUAUAGAUAGAAUAAUUAUAUUUGUUUCUUACCGGUCCAAUAAUACAUUUAUUGCAGGCAAUGAAAAAUAAACUAUAGAAAUUUUUUUAUAUAUUUUUUUUAAUUAUAUAUAUAUAUAUAUACAAACGAUUAUUUAUCAUGAAUAAUAUGCGCAUUUUAUUGUUGAUAGGAAAUUUGUUAUCUUAGGUUAAACUUUUUUUCGUAUUUUAAAGUCAAUUAAUUUUGCUACAAACAAUAUUUUUCUUUUUUUUUUUUUGUUGUUGACUUUA